CGGAAAAGGGGGGAAACGGUGCGUUUAAGACUAUACCGGUCAUUCAUCCUCUACCUCUGCGUAAUUGUGAAUCUUGUUUUUUCCUUCUUCGUCUGCUUAUCAGGCAUAAGCAUUGUCAUAAGGGGAAAAUUGCUUCCGGAAUCCGAGCAGACGGUGACGAAUUCUAGGGUUUUUUGUAUUUGAUGUGCUUUUCGAGAAUCGGAGGUCGCGGCUGCCGUUAUGCUCCUUUUAGGAUCGAAUGCGCGUCGUUUAUAAAGAAUCGUUCUUCGAAAAGAACAAAACAGCGUUUUUUUCCCUUUGUCUCGGCGCCAAAAAUUGCGCGGCUAUGGCGCCAGGACCGGUUUCAUGUGCCGGAGAAUCGGAAGGGCUGGGGAGAAAUUGAGAUUAACGGAAUUGGAGAAAUUCUCUGAGCAUCAGUGACUAUUUUUCUGGACCGAUGAUUUUUGUGUUGUUUUCCUUUUCUUGAUUGAUGAUUUGUGCAGUGGCUGUUGUUUCAGGAUGAAAGAAACUCCAGUGAGUCGGGAGGAUGCACAGACCAAAGAGGGGCCAGACUACUUUGCUUACUAUGCAUCUCAAGUUAAGGAGUUGAUCUCACAAGAGAUAGAUUUCCCUUUAUCAACCAUUGAAUCAACUGGAACUAGGACUGGCGAGGGGGUAGACCAUGAUGUGGUUGAGCAGCGUGGCUUCAGUGGUUCACGUUCGUUGUUCAGCAACAGCAUAGGAGCUGGAGUUUCAGAGUACAAGAAGGAGAGGUUAAAUGCAUUGCUUCCACAGGCUGCAAGCGCUCUUAAACCCGAAGUGGAUGAGAUGCUCGAUCCUGUUAUUUCGAUGCGUCAGUUACAAGAGAAACUGUGGAACAGAGAUUCUGCUGCAGGAAAGGAAGGCACAAAAUCUGAUGGAGAAGAGAUUGCUGACAACAUACCUCAGGUCUCAUCUUCAUCUUCAAGCAGUAUCACUGCACUUGUGUGUCCUAUCGAUUCUAGGUCCUCUGAAGAGGGGGAUGACGAUCUGGAAUUCCUACUUGGGACUGACAGCACUCUGGUUGAAGAGAGUAUAAAGAAGUAUUCUGAUGAAUUAUUGUCAACUCUAGCCCACAUGGAGAAAAAACUCGAAGAACUUCUCGACUCUGUAGCUUCUACUUGCAGACCCAUGACCAGCACAGAGAAGAAGCAGCUUCAAAGGAUGAUCCGGAACCUGCCACCAGCAAAUUUUGAUCGCAUAGCUGAUAUCGUCCAGCGCCACAAGCCGAUAGAAGCGCAGCAAUGUGAAGAAAUCGUUGUUAACAUGGAGCAGGAGGAUAAUACUACACUCUGGAGGUUGUAUUACUAUGUUCAAGUAGUGGAGCGCGCUAAGAAACUCGUACCAUAAGCAGCUGUUAUUGUCUUCCCGCUAGCUGAGAAUCCUUUUGAGAGUGUCCAAUUCUUGACUGUUCAUAACUUGAUAAAUAGGUUUGAAAUUCUUGUAAGCAAUGACAGCAUAGAAGGGAUCUUUUGACGAACCGGACAAUAAUUCGAGCAACCCCAUGUACCAUGGCCUCUCUCCUUCUCCUCCCUUCCUGCCACCAGGUGAUUUCCUGACGACCUCAGCCCCAGUGAAUCCUACCACAGACUGGAAAUACUGUACCACAAGCUGCACUCUGCUGUAGUCACUGCCAUCUCUCCACGAAGUAAUAGCCUUUUCAUAGAACAUUCGAUUGCUGAAACUCACUAUGAACACUCCUCCUGGUCUCAGCGCUCUGAACACUUCGGCAAAAACCUGAAAAUGUAUUCAUACACAAGAGAGAGAUGUGUUGAGUGCAGUUUUGGUGGCUAAUUUUGGUAGCAUCUUUAGUCAUUGAUCAGACAUUAUUUCUUCAUCUUAUGUUUCUGUGCCCAAAUAUAUUCGACAUUUGAGUGUAAUCAUGUAUAUGUACACAGGGUUAAUACUGAUUUCGUCGUUGAUCUUGCUUAUGUCAGUUCAGCGUUCGAUGUCACGCACACGACCGAAUAUAUUCAAGUAUCUACCUGCUCUGGAUACUGCAGAUAUUGGACGCUGACAG